AGAGUUAGGAGAGCUGAGCUUGAAAUUGACUAGUUGAUUUUGGGAGCCUUAAAUAAACUUUUUCCCUCCCCCCCAACUCCAAGGAACCUUUCUCCUUUUGAAAGGGGUGAAAUAAAGCGCCUCGUUCGACUUCUUUUUCCUCUCCACCACCUCCUCUUUGGCCUUCCAGGAACGGAUCAGCUGCCCACAUGUUCAUUUCUUGAGAACAGAUUCCUGCAACAGCAACUUUGCAACGCGCCUGCGAUCGAGGUUCUCCUUUCCCCCUCCAAGUUUCUGCAGACCAGUCAAAACAAUCUUUUUGCUUUUGUAACUUUUUUUGCCGCCUUGUCUCCUUUCAUGCUGUUUUAAGAGACAUUUCUCGUUUUGAUUUUGAAUCCCUCCCCGUUCUCCUCCCCUCUCACUCCCCCUUGAUUUUCAUUUCCCACCAUAUAUUCUUGCUUUGCCGCUUUCGCGCAUGAAUCUCCUCGACCCCUUCAUGAAGAUGACAGAAGAGCAGGAGAAAUGUCUGUCUGGCGCUCCCAGCCCAACCAUGUCGGAUGACUCCGCGGGGUCUCCCUGCCCUUCGGGUUCCGGAUCGGACACAGAGAACACCAGACCCCAAGAAAACACCUUCCCCAAAAGUGACCAGGACCUGAAGAAAGAGAGCGACGAGGACAAAUUCCCUGUGUGCAUCCGAGAAGCCGUUAGCCAGGUCCUGAAAGGCUAUGACUGGACUCUGGUGCCCAUGCCCGUCCGCGUGAACGGAUCCAGUAAAAACAAGCCCCACGUCAAGCGCCCGAUGAACGCCUUCAUGGUGUGGGCUCAGGCUGCCCGGAGGAAGCUAGCAGACCAGUAUCCUCACCUGCACAACGCAGAGCUGAGCAAGACGCUGGGGAAACUCUGGAGGUUACUGAAUGAGAGUGAGAAACGCCCAUUUGUGGAAGAGGCAGAGAGGCUGAGGGUGCAGCAUAAAAAAGACCAUCCAGACUAUAAAUACCAGCCACGGAGGAGAAAGUCAGUCAAGAAUGGGCAGGCUGAGCAAGAAGAAGGAUCUGAACAAACGCACAUCUCUCCUAAUGCCAUCUUCAAGGCUUUGCAGGCAGAUUCUCCUCAGUCUUCAUCCAGCAUGAGUGAAGUGCAUUCCCCUGGGGACCACUCUGGCCAGUCUCAGGGGCCGCCAACCCCUCCCACGACCCCCAAAACUGAUGUCCAGCCUGGUAAGCAAGAUCUGAAGCGAGAAGGACGCCCACUGCAAGAAGGAGGAAGGCAGCCACCCCACAUUGACUUCCGAGAUGUGGACAUUGGCGAGCUCAGCAGCGACGUCAUCUCGAACAUCGAGACCUUUGAUGUCAAUGAGUUUGACCAGUACCUCCCACCCAAUGGCCACCCUGGCGUUCCAGCCACCCAUGGCCAGCCUGGCCAAGUCACUUAUACUGGCAGCUACGGGAUCAGCAGUACAACUGCUACUCCAGCAGGCACGGGGCAUGUCUGGAUGUCCAAGCAACAGCCCCAGCAGCCGCCACCAUCUCAGCAGCCACCAUCCCAAGCUCAGCAACAACCACCCCAGCAACAGCAGCAUACACUAACCACCCUGAGUAGUGAACAGGGGCAGCCCCAGCAGAGGACACACAUCAAGACCGAGCAGCUGAGUCCCAGCCAUUACAGUGAGCAGCAGCAGCAUUCCCCUCAGCAGAUCAGCUACAGCUCCUUCAACCUCCAGCACUACAGUUCCUCCUACCCAACUAUCACACGCUCUCAGUAUGACUACACAGACCACCAGAGCUCCAACUCUUACUACAGCCACGCCGCCAGCCAGAGUUCUGGUCUCUACUCAACAUUCACAUACAUGAACCCCACUCAGAGGCCAAUGUACACACCCAUAGCAGACACAACAGGGGUGCCUUCCAUCCCUCAGACCCACAGCCCACAACACUGGGAACAGCCCGUCUAUACACAGCUCACCAGGCCAUGAGGUGUCAAAUGACAGUAAAACUUCUGCAGACUUAUCAAAGACAUUUAAGCUAAACCUGAAUGAAUGAAAAAGAAUUCCCAGAAUGCUUUGUGCACUACAGCAUCCAUUUGAAAGCAACCAGACCAGUCUGCUCAGUAAACAAGCAUUCCAUCAUGGACAAAGCCUUGAUCUGAAGGUGAUUUUUCUUUUUCAAAUAGCCAGCUUAGUUUGCCUAGGUAUGGACUUGGUAAUUAUUUUUUAACAAUAACUAAAAAUGAAAAAUGAACAAAAAAAUUUACAAAACUCAAAAGUAUUCCUCUGUGAGGAAUAUUCUCUAUUUUAAAUAUUUUUAGUAUGUACUGUGUAUGGUUCGUUACCAUUUGAGGGGAUUUAUCUGUAAUUUACUUCUUGUUUUUAGAGAAACUUUAAAAUUGCUCCUUUCUUCUUCUUUUGGCAGUUAAACAACACUUAGCAGAAUAAUAUGCCUUAGCCUUUUUCCUUGCUGUCAGAGGUAUUUUUGUAUAGUUCAUUGUCUUUCGCUUGUAGAAAGCAAAAAAAUGUGUGAAUGAACUUAGUCAAAGCAAAAAAAAAAAAAACCCUCACUAACGGCAGUGGUCAGUUGCUCAAUGUGAUUAUGGAGAUUUGGAGAGAGACUUUAUUUUUCUAGCUUGGAAGUUAAAGAUGUUUGGAGGAGGUGGGAUUUAAUGGGGGGGGACCCCUCACCUUGAGCCUUAAAGUAACACUAACAAAAAGCCUUAAGAACAGCCCUGUGAUAUCUUCCAAGACACUUGCACAAUUCUUUUCCUGUGCCAAGGGAAAAGAUGAGGCUCUGAAGGAAGAGAGUCUCAGUUUCUGAGGUCUGAAGUCCUCCCUCUCCCCCCCCCCCCACUUCAACCACCAGCACCAGAUUAUAAAGCCACAAACCAGCUGACUCCCCUUCUUCAGCUUCCGACACUGGGCUCCCCCAUGUGAGACAGAUGCUGACAGUCCAAAAAUCACCUUUCUACUUUCCCUGCAAAUGUCAUUAGGAAAAACAGCAUUCUCUGCUCUGUGAAGCCUUGCAGAGAGUGGGAGAGGUAGGGGAGGAUAUCAGUUUUAGCAAGGUUCACUAAUGACAGAAUCACAUUGGUUUCCUUUUUAAUUAUAUGUAUAAAUAUAUAUAUUUAUUUUGUGAAAAAAGAGGUUUUUUAAAUCAAGAGUUUUUCUUCCAUUUCCCCCUUCCACAUUAGAAGUUCUUGUAAAGUAACAGAAAUGCUGGAGCCUUACUCAGAGGGUAUAUGGUGCCUAAUCGUUAAAUUAUGGUCUAAAUCAAUAACCCCUACUUUUAUUUAUCUCUUGUUCUUCUUUUUUUUGGUAUUUUUAUUGUUGUUGUUGUUAUUCCUUCAGAAUGUGUCUUAGGUUUGUACAAACAACUGCUUCCUUUUGGUUUUCUUUCUUUUCCUUUUGAUUAAGAAUAAACUGGAAAGUAUUUUCUUUUCUUUUCUUGUACAAACAAAAGAUUGCAAAUGUAGUGUAUCACUGAGUCGUUCGCCUUGUUUUCGGCCUCUACCAUUCCGACUCACAAACAGGGCUUGGCCUAUGCAGGAAGCAGAAUGAGGUGGUAGAAUGGGGUGGUGCCACUUCAGGCAGUGAGGUGGGGGGAAACUCUCUUGGUGUGCUUGGCUUUUCUGUUUUCACUUUCAGGGAGUUGUUGUUUUAAUGGGGGGAAAUUCAAAAGUAGCAUCUGCAGGCUGAAUCCAUUCUGCCACCUCACAGUGCCAACAGCUUGUCUUGCUGCACAUGUAGAUCAGCUUUCAGUCUGUCACACACACACACACACACACACACACACACACACACACACACACACACACACCCCAAGGCAACAAUGGGUGCAAAUCAUCAAGCAUUGCUGCUGUGCCAGCCCUCUUCUUUUCCAUGGGCCCUGCACAUGUCCAUGUGUCUCAAAAGCCCCAUAGAAAUUAAUGGAAGCUGCAGAGCAGCAGUCCUUAGAGGAUAGCUCCUAGUGUGCCCUGCUGACCUUCCACCUCUCCAUAUGAUUUGAUCUGGGGGAAGGUUAGGGAGUAAACUGGCAUUGGUGAAGCUGUGGCUGAACAGUUAUGGAUUGCUUUUUUAAAAAAGAAAGCCAACUUUUUUAUUUAAAAAAAGAUAUAUUUGUUAACAGUUUUGUAGAGAAUUCAGUAGAACAACAUCUUAAAGCACUCUUAUAAUAUGAUAUCUUUUGUAUUUCUGUAUAAAAAGCAGAUGUUAAAGUAUUUCUGUAACUUAAAAGACCUGUCUUAAAAAAUCAGUUUUAGGUAAGGUUUUCCCCCCUUCCUUUUUGGUCAUUUUGGUUUCAAAUCCCUUUGGUCCGCUUUGUAAAACUUACCUUUUUUGUAUAUUAUUGUUUGCAAUAAAUAUACAUUGUAUUAAACUUUAAA